AUUGUCAAUGAAUCGGCAGUGAAGGAAACAUAGUUGAGAACACAACUCUAUAUACACGGAUCGUAGUUCCGUAUCAUGCAUGAAUACCCUUUGCAAAACAGGUACGAUAUUCUGAAUUUGCUUUCAUGCGGGGCACUCCAAUGGGGUCCGCAUGUAAGAGUAUACGUAAAGAUAAGUUGUUGUACCGGCGACGUGCAGCCCAACGGUUGAGGUAGCAUAAAGACUCACAUGACAUCGCCAUGGCUUCUGCUGCAUGGGGUUGGUUCUGCGGUAGCAACGCAUCAGACUCUUCUUUCGAUUUCAACUCAACCGUGAAUCGGGAAUGUCUUGUAGACGCCAUCAUCUCAGUCCCACCCGUGUCAUUUUCUGUGUUAGCCAUCCUAACCACCAUCAUCACCCGGUGUUGCUGUAUCAGGGGGAAUGCUACCCUGUAUCUCCUACGAUAUCCCGGACAUUCUUUAAGAUGGAUACUGAGUCUUGCACUCAUCGCCGUCUGCCUUGCUGCAAUCGGCGAGGGAAUCCUCACUGAGGAAUCUUUCCGUAAAGGGGGAGACCACCCACACCCCUACUUGUACCUCAAUGGGGUCUUUCUGCUGCUAUCUGCAAUUAUAUCACUGUCUUAUUACCAAUUCUUGGAGAAGAGACGGAUAAAACACUUGUCAUGGUUACUUUUGCUCUUCUGGUCAGUAUCCAUAGUAACCAUGUCUUAUCGUCUGCACCACUUUCUCAACGACGAUCUGAUAGCCGGCAGUGGGACAAACAAACUCGAUAUUUUUCGAUAUGAUGUUACCAUCCUGUUCUUAGUGAUAUACUCCAUCUUAUUUUUUGUGGAAUUCAACUUCAUUAUCAAAACGAUAUGCUGUUUCGAGGCAUCCGUUGACUCUCUUCCAGCUGACGUGAAAAAGGAGAAGAUGAAGUACUUGUCCAAGUAUUCGAAUCUCCUCUCUGAAGUGACAUACUGGUGGGAGAAUUGGAUAUUCAAAACUGGCUACAAGAAGGUCGUCGAAGUGGAUGACCUCGGAAAUAUACCCGAGGUUCACACAUCAAUGUACAACCACUCAAGGUUCAAAAACGUUUUCGAAAGAGAAAAGGAGAAAUGUUUUCUGCAGGGCAAAGAACUCAAUAUCUUCAAAGUGCUGUGUAUCACUUACGGCCCAACAAUUGCUUUCGCUGGUCUCCUCAAGAUCAUAGGUGAUUUACUGGCGUUUAUCGGACCUUUGGCCAUCAGCGGAAUCGUGAAUUUCGUCACCAAAACGUACUAUCUUCCCGAAGAUGCCCAGCGUGAGCUGGUAUCUCCCCACUUGGUGUCCCCUGCCGAAUUCUUUGCUAAUGGUUACGUUCUAGUUGGUGCUGUGUUCUUAUCGUCGCUCCUUCGUCACACUUGCGAUCAGUAUUACCAAUACAUGGUUUCAAUGGAAGGCCUACAUGUUCGCUCUGCAAUUCAGUCCAUGGUGUAUUGGAAAUCGAUGAGGAUGUCGACGUAUGCGAUAUCGGGUGGGAUGAUGACCAUGGGACAGAUCACCAAUCACAUGUCGGUCGAUGCCAACAAUGUCAUGAUGUUCUUCCAGCUAUCAAAUGAGAUUUGGGCCGUACCACUGAAGAUUAUCAUCACUCUGGUUCUUUUAUACCGUCAGCUGGGCUACCCUGCCCUUAUCGCUUCAAGUCUCUUCUUUCUCACUUUCCCAAUCCAGAUUAAGAUUGGAGUCACGGUCGCAGGAAUUAUCAAGCAGUUUCUGCAAUGUGCAGACAAAAGACUAAAACUGUCGAACGAGAUGCUAAAUGGAAUUAAGUUGCUGAAAAUCUAUGGCUGGGAGAAGCUGUUCUACGGUCUCAUCCAAAAGGCUCGAGAGAAGGAGCUAGCGCAGAUACUGAAGAUGUACUUUGUUAUUUCAUGCAAUUUUGUUCUUAAUUCCGGAGUCCCUGGCAUUGUUACCUUGAUAGCAUUUGGAACCUACACCAGCCUGACAGGGAAACCUUUGACCCCCGACGUAGCAUUCACAACCCUCUCGCUGUUCAAUCAAAUCACCGCUCCCCUCUUCCUUCUGCCAUUCGUCAUCAAUCUCUUCGUCAACUGUCUGGUUAGCUGCAGACGUCUCAAGACCUAUUUCCUCGCGCCGGAGAUCGAGGGUGGUGUUAAUGAUGAUGACGAAAAGGAUUUUGAGAGUACCAUUAUGAAUAGGAAUGGUAGGGGAUUCAAUACGCAUAAUGGCAGCUAUCAACAUGGUACCGAGGUGAAGAUUCGAGAGCCAAAAAUUAAGAAGAAAACUUUUACGGUUGAUGAUGAUGAUGGGCUCCCAGACUCUGAUCGUGCUCCACUCUUAGCCAGUAACACAUCAUAUGGGUCUGUAGAAUCUUUCAGGGGCAACAUGGACACCUCUUUCUGUGAAGAUCUACCCAGUGACGUAGCUAUAAGGGUAAUUGAUGGUAAUUUUACAUGGGAUCCCAGUGCAUCAACACCUAUCCUUCAGGAUAUAAAUCUUGAUAUUCCAGCAGGAAAGCUUACCAUUAUAGUUGGGACUGUUGGAAGUGGAAAAUCAUCGUUGUUACAGGCGAUCAUGGGAGAAAUGACCACACUUUCUGGAACCGUACAAGUCAAUAGAACACACGAAGACAUUGCCUUGGCUGCACAGAAAGCAUGGUUGGUCAACUCAUCACUGAAGGAAAAUAUCUUGUUUGGAGAAAAGCUAAAGGAUUCAAAGUAUCGCAAAGUAAUUGACGCAUGCGCAUUGAAGCCAGACAUUGACAUGUUACCAGCAGGCGACCAGACUGAGAUUGGUGAGAAAGGUAUCAACUUGAGCGGAGGACAGAAACAGCGAGUCAGUGUUGCAAGAGCGCUCUACUCGGGUCGAAAUAUUGUCAUUCUGGACGAUCCUCUCUCUGCCUUGGAUGUUCAUGUAGGAGCGCAUCUCUUUCAGCAUGGGAUAUCUAAGAUCCUCAGGAAACAUUACCAGACUGUGAUUCUAGUUACUCAUCAGCUUCAGUAUCUACCAGAGGCCGAUCAGAUAAUCGUCAUGAAAGAUGGUCGGAUCAUUACGAUGGGUUCUCCAGAGGAAGUGGCAAUUCUUGAUCCAACGCUGUUCUCAGAGUGGAACAGAGCUAUACAGAUCUUCAGUGAGUCCGAAGUCGAGUCUGGGGCUGAGUCUGAAGGUUUGGUGGAUGAGAGGAAAGCAUUGAGACGUCUGGUGGCCCGCUCAGUAUCCCCCUCUGGCAUCAGUGCCGAGUGUCCAGAAGAAAAUGAAAAGGGGCGUUUGAUUGCAAAGGAGGAGAAAGAGAAGGGGUCUGUAUCAUAUCGAAUGUAUCUGCAUUACUUCAAGGCUAUGGGAUAUUGGCUUACUAUCUUUGUUUUAUUGACGGUGGUAAUAAGAUCAGCCUUGCAAAUAUCAACAAAUUUCUGGUUAUCUUCCUGGGCUCAGUAUGACCUCAAUAUCACAGGGAAUAGUGUUGACAAGACAUCAUAUUGGAUAGGGGGUUACGCUGGUCUGUCCAUGUCAACUCUAGUCGUUAGUUCUAUCUCUAUCUUUGCCAUCGCCUUUGGAGCCUUGCAUGCAGCUAGGAAUCUUCACUAUGCUCUAAUUGAUAACAUCAUCCACAUACCAAUGAGGUUUUUCGAUACUACACCCAUUGGGAGAGUUCUCAACCGGUUUUCUAGCGAUACACAACUCAUUGAUCAGCGUCUAGUACACACCCUCCGUCUCCUAAUCAACCUCGCAGCCACCGUGUUCAGCUCCCUGGUCGUCCAAGUAGUCGUUGUCUGGUACUUUGUAUUUUUCUUCAUUCCGAUCUCCGUCAUUUUCAUCAUGCUGGUGAUAUACUACAUAACUACCUCCAGGGAAUUGCAGCGGGCAGAGAGUGUCUCACGUUCCCCAGUCUUUGCUCACUUCUCAGAAACACUCGGCGGUCUUUCGACGAUAAGAGCAUACAAAGAUGAAAAGAGGUUCUUCCAGAUCAUAAUGGAUCACAUCAACACCAACAAUACUGUCUUCCUCUAUCUCCUCACAUCGAUGAGAUGGGUAGCUAUCAGACUGGAUUUUCUUGGGGAUUUUGUAGUAUUUUCAGCGAGUUUGUGCGUCUUAUUGGGAGCUGCUUACCUGGGGAUCGAUUCUAGCCUGGUUGGGCUUGCUAUUUCAUAUGCACUGGAGGUGUCUUUAUAUAUGAACUUCAUGGUUCGGCAAUGUUCAGAUUUAGAACUGCAGAUGAACGCUGUAGAACGUGUUCGUUUCUACUCAGAAGUACCAACAGAAGAUUACAAUGGUCUUGAGCCCCCUCCCGACUGGCCAUCUCGCGGUGAAAUUCAAUUUGAAGAUAUAAGUGUUAGAUAUUCACACGACUUAGAUCCAGUAUUACAUGAUGUGUCACUUGACAUAUUCUCGCAGGAAAAGCUUGGAAUCUGUGGUAGAACAGGAAGCGGCAAGUCCUCGUUAACUCUUGCCUUGUUCCGGAUGAUCGAUACAUUCAAGGGUCGUAUUUUAAUCGAUGGUAUUGACAUUGCUUCGGUUCCUCUCCGAACUCUACGUCAACGACUCUCCAUCAUCCCACAGGAUGCUAUCCUCUUCACAGGAACGAUCAGGUACAACUUAGAUCCAAUUGGUACAAAAACAGACAAAGAACUAUGGGAAGCACUGGAUGUGGCCCAACUGAAGGAGGUGGUUUCGAAUAUAGAUGCAGGAUUAGAUUACCAAGUAACUGAAGGAGGAGAGAAUUUCAGUGUGGGUCAGCGUCAACUCUUUUGCCUGGCUAGAGCCUUUCUUAGACAUUCCAAGAUUAUUGUUAUGGAUGAGGCAACUGCUUCUAUCGACCAAGAAACGGAUUCAAUUCUUCAAGAUGUUGUGGCUGAUAUAUUCAAAGACAGGACAGUCCUUACGAUUGCACAUCGUGUGGCAACGAUAAUCAACUCUGAUAAGAUCCUUACAUUGAGUGAUGGAUAUGUUGCAGAAAAUGAUACACCAGACGAACUACUUCAGCGAGAGAACAGCAUUUUCGCUUCGCUUGUUAAAGCAGGAAAGUAGGAGAGUUAUAAGCAUUGCAAUAUUUAAUAGACUUUAUGAAGGUCUAUCCUGGCUUUAAAUUCAUAAUUAGGAAAGUAGGGUAAUAGCGUUGUAAUGUUUUAUACAAUUUAUCCUUAUUUUUGUAUAAAUCUAGUGAAAUGUAUAUUUGUCUUACAUUUUGUUUUUUAAUGAAGAAUAAUGAAUGUGGUGAAAGUAUACCCGAUAUUGAAGAAUUAACAAGGGGAUUAAGUUUUUGGAUUCUCCUUUAGCAAGGAACAACUGGUAAGGUUUCUGUGUGCGACUCUAGAAAUAUGUUAUGACCAACAUAGAUAUCAUAUUAAAGGAUGGUUAAAAAACCUGUGAUUACGCUGUAGUUGAAUACCCCUCCCCCGGAAAACGUCUGGCAGCUCAUUUUUCACUCAGUUAACCCUUUUGAAUGAUAUUUUGUCAACAAAUCUAAUUAUUCUGAUUCUGUAUUCAUGUAUGUCUUCGUUUAUUUAUAAUCUACUUUUGGGUUGAGAAGAGGGCCAAAUACACUUUUAAAAGAGUGGAGUUAUAGGAGAUUAUUGUAAAGGCGGGGAAGUAUGUUAUACACUUCGUCCAUGUUUGAGGUCGUAUAUUUGCAUUCUAUGUUAAAAGGAGAACUUAGUAUGGCGCACUGCCUCGUAUCCUAAUGUAUAAGUGAAGACAAUAAUUGAAAACAAUAUAGAUCUCUAUGGCCCGUAUUCUGAUAGCGUGGUUUAACUUAACCCUAGUCUAAGUGUGGUAAUAAACUGCCAUAUUUAAACCUAGGUUUAAAUUUCGUAUUCCGAUAGCAAGGUUUAAGUUAACCCUGGUCUAAGUGUGGUAAUAAAUCCUCAAAAAGUUAAACUCGCGCAGGGGGUAGUUUAAGCCUGGUUUAAAUCCAACAAAUGAUGGCCAACAAUUUUUUAGAAUUUAUGCCUAUAUUGCAUUUCGAGCUACUUCCUCAGUUUUUAACAGAUUCUCAUGAAAUUUGGAACACACUUUGGUCUCAAGGUAAAGAGGUGUAAGAAUUUUUUUUUCCCUUUUUCGGAAAUUGUGUUGCCAUGGUAACAGUAUAUUAUGGUUCAAAAUUUUGCCGUUUAAAAUACUUAAUCAGUUUUCUACCAAUUCUCAAGAAAGUUGGCUAACACAUUGAUUUUGAGGUAAAGAUGUGCAAGACUGUCGGAAAUUGUGUUGCCAUGGUAACGGUAUAGUAUGACAAAAACUAAGCAUAAAUCUUGCUGUUCCAAUUACUUCCUCAGUUUUUAACAAAUUCUCGUGAAAUUUGGCACAUACAUUAGUCUUAAUGUGAAGAUGUGCAAAACAUAUUCUAUGCCUAAAGUAUAUAAAAAAUCGCGUUGCCAUGGUAACAUAUCAAAUAUCGAAAAUUAGGUGAAAAACUUGUGGUUUUAAUUACUUUAUAAUUUUCAAACCAUUUCUCAUAUUUGGCACAGACAUAAGUCUUGAGGUGAAGAUUUGCAAGACACAUUUUUGCAUGUGUUGGAAAUUGUGUUGCCAUGGAAACGGUAUAUUAUGGCAAAAACUAUGUAAAAAUCUUGCAAUUCCAACUACUUCCUAAGUUUUAACCAAUUCUCAUGAAAUGUGGUACAAACAUUAGUCUUGAUGUGAAGAUGUGCAAAAAAUAUUUUAUGUCUUUAUAAAAAAAAAUCAUGUUGCCAUGGUAACAAAUCAAAUAUAAAAAAUUAGAUGAAAAUCUUGUGAUUUGAACUACUUUAUCAGUUUCCAACUGGUCAAUUCUCUUAAAAAUUUGGCACAUACAUUAAUGUUGAGGUGAAGAUGUCUGACAUAUUUUUGCCUGUAUCAGAAUCGUGUUGCCAUGGUAACAACAUAUUAUAUAACGAAAAUAAGGUGAAAAUUUUGUAGUUUUCAUUUUUCAACCAAUUCUUAUAAAAGUUGGCUCACACAUUGGUUUUGAGGUAUAGAUCUGCAAGACAUAUAUUUGGGUGUAUCAGAAAUCGUGUUACCAUGGUAACAACAUAUUACAUAAUGAAAUUAGGUGAAAAUCUUGCGGUUUGAACUCCUUCAUUAGUUUGCAUUUUUCAACCAAUUCUUAUAAAAGUCGGCUCACACAUUGGUUUUGAGGUAUAGAUCUGCAAGACAUAUAUUUGUGUGUGUUGGAAACUUUGUUGCCAUGGUAACAUCAUAUUAAAUCAAUAAAUGUGUAAACACAUCUCGUGGAUUGAACUUCUUCAUUUUAUGACAUAGGCCUAUGCUCAUGAAAUUUAGAACACAUAGGUUUUGAGGUAAAAUAAUCUGCAAGACAUAUUUUCUCAUUCAUCAAAAUAUGUGUUUGUAUGGUAACUACACACACCAAAAUAAGAUUAAGACAAUAGUCAAUGCUAACUGUUGUUUGGCUACAUAGAGAACUACAUGUAGCUGUAGGCUUAGUUCUAGUUUUAAGGGGGGUGCUAGACCUCUAGAUCUCGAACUACAGUCCCUAGCUUUAGAUCUAGGCCUAGAUCUAGAUUCUUUAGAUCUAGUAAUAAUCCGUUAGAUCUCUAGCCUACUUCUUUUGUCAUGCCUAAGGUUAGAUGAGUAGAUCUACUGUAGACUAGCCUACAUUUACUAUUUUUCGAUUUAGAAUCUAAAUUGAGAGUCUACAAAUCUCUAGAUCUAGACCUAUUACAUGUAGACCUAGGGGCCUAGAUUGAUACAGAUCUAGUUCUAGAUCUAGAUAGGGUCUAAGUUAUUUAGUCUAGAACUAGGCCAGCGUUAGAGAUUCUAGAUCAUACAGUAAGUCAGUAGACUAGAUAGCACAGACUAACGUAAGGCCUAGAUCUAAAUUCUUACAUAAAUCUAGGCCUGGCCUAGUCUAGUCAAGACUAAGCUGUUGUUGGUCUAGGUUUAGGCCUGUUUUUUAGUCCUGGACCUGGAAACCUAAACAA